GUCAGCCACGAAAAUGUGGCGCAGACUUCACAGCUGAGCGAAUUUCCAGUGUAUGCAGCUUAUUCCGCACGUUGAGAUUCCCGCGCUGGGCCAGUCAUGGGAAGCACCGAGGAGGAAGGUUUGUUUAUCGAUCGCUAUUCCGAAUACGCCGUGGCCGAAGGCAUGGAGGCGUGCUUCACCGCAUUCGAUAAAGACUGUGAUGACAACCUCAAUCUUAAGGAAUUCGAAACAUUAUGCAGAGCCCUUUUCCGAAAUGGCAAAGAUGAGAGCUAUGACAUCGAUCGAAAUCAUUUGGAAGGAAUCUUUGAAGUGUUCGAUAAAAAUGGUAACGGACUAAUAGACAGGGAAGAAUUCGCCACUUGCUGGAAUGACUGGAUAAAGAUAAUUGUCAAACCGGUCUCCGCGGUGGUCAUGGUGGAUGUGCAGAACGACUUCAUAUCGGGCAGUCUCGACGUUCGAAAAUGUCCGGCAAGUCAGAACGGCGAGGAAAUCAUAGAACCCAUCAACAAUCUACUGGAGACGGUGCAGUUCGAGGCCAUCUUCUACUCUCUGGACUGGCAUCCGAUCGACCACGUAUCCUUCAUCGAAAACGUGCACAACAGACCGAUCCACGAAUCCAGUCCCGUGACUGCUGACAACGCCAAGGUUUUCGACACAGUCAUCUUCGACGGCGAUCCACCCAUCAAGCAGAGGCUGUGGCCGAAACACUGCGUCCAAAACUCCUGGGGUGCUGAACUGCACAAGAAUCUCAAAGUAGCCGAAAAUGCUAUAAAGAUAUACAAGGGCACAAACCCAGACAUCGAUUCGUAUUCCGUUUUUUGGGACAAUAUGAAAUUGUCUGACACAAAGUUGGAUGCACACCUCAGAGCAAAUAAGAUAACAGAUGUUUAUAUUUGUGGCUUGGCCUACGACGUCUGUGUUGGAGCAACAGCAGCUGAUGCCUUGUCAAGCGGUUACCGAACCAUCCUGAUGGAAGAUUGCUGUCGAGGUGUAGACCUCCUGAGUAUGGAGCAAACGAAACAACACGUCCUAGGCAAUCAUGGGGUGGUCGUGAGUUCCAAGGAUGUGGCAGAUAUGGUCUCCGGUAAAAACAGGAGACCCGAAUUGGGAUACCAAUUGGCGAUGACCUUGAAGAAGAGAAUUUAGAGAAAUUUAGAUAGUUUGCCUGAUAGCCUAUCGAUGUCGAGCCAAGUUAGGAUCAUCAGUAUUCUUAUUCAAGUAUUAUAGUUUAAUAUUUUCUUAUCCUUUAGUGAGAUUGUGAAGAUUUUCGAUGCAUUUUUCUUGUUAUAUUUAUUUGAGUAGUUCCUGCAGUUGUUUUCGCGUGGGGAAUAUUUUGGUUAAUGUUUGAGUUGUGAACUGUCUUCUGCUCAAUAGAAUAAUAACGAAAGAUGAAGCAAUAAAAUUGUUCGAGGAAUUACUACACUAAACCUUUAUUUCUGUUAAUCUAUUGACAUGUAUGGAUGGAAUCAGAAUUCCGAGGUUUGUUAACUAUAGUAUUUAGUAUAUUUCACAACAAAAAGCUGUGAGAAUUUUCAGCUGGAAGAAGUGGUUUAAUAUUAAUGAAAUAAUGAUCACCGGUACUCCAACUAACAAAAUAAUGAAGGCGCAAAUUGUUAUGUGAUAAAUUCAUAUCCACUCUCUGCCGGAAAUAAUCAUCUGCAUAACUCAAUCAGCUCGUAGGUAGAUAUAUUGAAUGGCUGGAUGUGAUUCAAUUUAUUCAGUUUCAGUCGAACCACUUAAAGUGGCCGCAUUCAUCGAAAAUUUCAUGUUGAUGAAUUCCUAUCGAAUUAAAUCGCUGAAAUAUG